AAAAGACAAAACAUUUUAUUUGUUUAAAAUAUUAUAAAAACAGGCACAAUAAACAAAAACUUGUGCCUGAAAUUUUAUUGAAAUUUUUGACUAUAAUGAGAGGAGAAAAAUCAACAUCAAUAGCAACAGCUCACCAACACCAUCAAGUAUAUCAUGUAAUAAAUAAUAGUUAUGGAUCAAAUAUGGCUGACGAUGCAAGAAAAGUACGAGUUGAAGAGCAAUUAAAAAUAAAAAUUGGUGAAGCGAAAAAUUUAAGUAGCCGAAAUAAUGGAACUGGUGGAACCGCUGGAGUUCGUGAUGUUUAUUGUACUGUUGCAUUAGAUCAAGAAGAAAUAUGCCGAACACCUACAAUCGAACGAACAUUAUCGCCAUUUUUUGGUGAAGAAUAUCAAUUUAAAAUUCCAAGAACUUUUAGAUAUUUAUCAGUAUACGUAUGGGAUCGCGACCGACAUAUUAAACAAGAUAAGCCAGUUGGGAAAAUAGCAAUAAGACGCGAGGAAUUAGAAAAUUAUAAUGACAAAGAUCAUUGGUUUUCAUUAAGACCAGUUGAUGCUGAUUCAGAAGUACAAGGAAUGGCUCAUAUACAAAUCAGUUUUGAAGAAAUCAUAUCGAACUCUAUUAGCAAUGUUGGCAGCAGUACAAUUAGUUAUUUAAAAAGAAAAUCAGAUUUUGAAUCCAACAAUGUUGAAAAUUUGGAGAGGCUUUCUAAUAGUAAUAACAGUAGCAAUUUUAUAAAUGACGAUGAUAAUCUCAGCAGCAAAAUGAAUGAAUAUUGCUUGAGUAAUCCAAGUCCAAGCAGUCCAAACCGUUCAUUGUUAAAUAAAACUAAAACUGCAGACGUUUUUUGGAAUUUACCUUCAAAGAAACUAGGUUUAAAUACUAAUAAUUUGGAUGUCCCAAACGUAUUUCGUCAUGGUGAUAAUAAAAGUCGAGUGGGAAUUCAUGUUACGGAAUGUAUAGGUUUAACUAAGAAAAAUGGAACAUGUGAUCCAUUUUUAACAUUUACGGCGAUGUAUUCCAACAAAAGAAAAAUUACUAAACGUACAAAAGUUAGAAAAAAAACAGUUAACCCUCAAUUUGAUGAAAUACACUAUUUCGAUUUAACAAUUGAUCCUUCAUCUAUUACAAGUUUAGAUACGAAACCAGAUUCAUCUUCAGUUAGUUCGAAUAAUACGUAUACCAUACAUCCAUUAGGAGGUGUAGAUCUUUGCGAAAUCUGCAUAAGUGCUUGGCAUGAUACGUCAAGUAUGGCGGAAAAGAUAUUUUUAGGUGAAAUAAAAAUACCAAUAAGAGGGAAUCAGCAACAAUCGUCCCUGCAAACAUCAGCUUGGUAUUAUUUUCAACCUCGCACAAGUCAAUCUAGGCCAUCCAGAUCUUGCGCCACCCCACCUGGAACCCGUUUGAGUUGUGAUAAUUCUUUAGGAUCCUUACGGCUUAAAAUAGUUUAUUCUGCAGAUCAUGUGUUUCCUUUAGCUACUUACGAUAGUUUGUUAAAUCUGCUGUUGCAAAGUGUGGAACAGCAGCCAAUUACAACAAGUGCAGUGUACAUUUUAGGUGAAAUAGUAAGCUCAAAAACGGAUGUUGCACAACCAUUAGUUCGUUUGUUUACUCAUACACAACAAAUAGCACCUAUAAUUAAAGCUUUGGCUGACCAUGAGAUUUCCAAUUUGACGGAUCCCACAACAAUAUUUAGAGGAAAUACUUUAGUAUCAAAAAUGAUGGACGAAGCUAUGAGAUUAUCUGGAUUGCAUUACUUACAUAACACCUUAAGACCAGUUUUAGAUCAAAUAUUACACGAAAAAAAACCAUGCGAAAUUGAUCCAGCCCGUGUGAAAGACAAAUCUGUUGUAGUUUCCAAUUUGUCUAAUUUACAAGAAUAUGUUGAAAAAGUGUUCGACGCAAUCACUAAAAGUGCAAUUAAAUGUCCUACGGUAUUAUGUCAAAUUUUUCAUGAUCUCAGAGAAUGUGCAGCCAAACACUUUCCAUUAAAUAAAGAGGUGCGAUACUCUGUUGUGUCAGGGUUUAUUUUUUUGAGAUUCUUCGCUCCAGCAAUAUUAGGACCAAAGCUUUUUGAUCUCACCAAUGAACCACUGGAUACUCAAACAAAUCGAACUUUAACAUUAAUAUCGAAAACAAUACAAUCAUUAGGAAAUUUAGUUAGUUCAAGGUCUGCUCAGCAGCCUUGCAAAGAGGAAUAUACGGGGCAACUUUACAAAAAGUUCUGUACUGAAAAACAUGUUGAAGCAGUAAAGCAUUUUUUAGAAGUUGUUUCAACCGUUGGUGCAAGUAUGAACCAAAACACAAUAUUAGAACCAGUACUACUAAAAGAAGGGAUGAUGACGAAACGCGCACAAGGCAGAAAACGUUUUGGGAGAAGAAAUUUCAAACAACGUUAUUUUAGGUUAACAACCCACUCUUUGAGUUAUUCUAAAUCAAAAGGCAAACGAUCUAUCUGUGAUAUCCCACUUUCUGACAUAUUGGGAGUAGAAAGAGUUCAAGAAAGGAGUUUUAAAAUGCAAAAUAUAUUUCAGAUUAUAAGAAAAGAUCGACCCUUAUAUGUUCAAACAACGAAUUGUGUGGAGGAAAAAGAAUGGGUUGAUUUACUUACCAAAAUUUGUCUAUCAAAUUCUGAACGCCUACAAAGCUAUCAUCCAUGUGCGUACAUAAAUGGUAUUUGGAGUUGUUGUUCAUUAUCUGAUGAAAAUGCUGAUGGUUGUACAAAAGUGUCAAAUGAGCAAUUUCAAAUUGAACUUGCUACAGCGUUAGAUCCGGCUCGUGAUCUUCAACGUAUACAUACAUUAAUUAUAUCACAUUUAGCUCAUUUAGAAGCGAUGCUUCAAUCUACAACAAUUUCAUCAAAUAGUGGUGGCACGUCAUCAACUUCAUCAUCGGGGCCAUCUAAUACAAUUGAUCAACAACCAACAAAUUAUAGCACGGCAAGCAAAAGUCCUUUAUUAAAUGUUAAUAACACUAGGAACUCUACAAAAACUAUUUUAUCAAAUUUGAAUACAUUUGAAGAGACGCUUAGUUGUCAGAAAACUAUUCAUCAAUUGACGGAUAUAGCGCUGAAUUUAGAUCAAGUUCAUAGAACUUACAAACAAAUUUUAGCUAGAGAUUUGCGCUAUGGUAGUCGUCAAGCACCGAUUGGUGACGAUAAUUAUUUACAUAUGAUGAGAAGUGGUCUAGCCGCUGUUGCCGCUGCUCAACAUCAAAGUAUGCAAAACAAUCAAAUUUCACAAUCGCAUCAUCAAUGUUUUACAAAUGCUGGAAAUAAAAAUUUCCAUUUAUCUCCUAUUUUACCGCUCCAACAGUCAGUAAAUUGCUAUUCCCAAUUUGUCAGUAGCUCAAACAGCUGUUGACAUUCAAAAUUUCGAAAAUUUUGGGUUAAAAAUAUGUCAAAUAUUAAGUUGAUUAAAAAAUUGUAAAGUUUUGUUGUAAGGAUUAACUAACUGGUAGAAAAGCAAACAUUCCUGUAUGGAAGGAUCACGUUUUUCAUUAUUUUUUUUUUAUUUAUUUUAAUGUUUUAUAAUUUUUCUUUAGUCUGGAAUCAUUUUACAUUAUGUGUAUAAAAAACCCAUAUA